UCCAAACUGUAUCAUCUUCGAGGGGGUAAAAUUAAAAUCCCUUCCCUUUUUUCUUUAUAGUAUUCCCCCCUCUCUGGAAUCUUUUUAAUUUCUUUUUGUCCCUUCUUUUUUAAAAAGAGUUGCAUGCACGCAAAGUAUGCUGUGGAAUGCGCCGCGCGAGAGCUUCACCAUGCGGGAGGAGAGGACUUUUUGGGUGAGCGCUGACAGAUGGAAGAAGUGAAAAAGACAGCACCCGGUAUGCAGCGCUCCUGGGUGAUGUUUUGGGGAGCUUUACUCUUCAACUACAGGCUGGCGGACGCCAAGGAGCACGACCCUCGGUCGUCGUCGAACAUGUCUCCGUCCGACUUUCUGGACUCGCUCAUGGGUCGAACGUCAGGCUACGACGCGCGAAUACGACCCAAUUUUAAAGGUCCGCCUGUUAACGUUACCUGCAACAUAUUUAUCAACAGCUUUGGUUCUAUAGCUGAAACUACCAUGACGUGGAAUGACCCCCGGUUGGCGUACAGCAAAUACCCAGACUCCUCUCUGGACCUGGACCCUUCCAUGCUGGACUCCAUUUGGAAGCCUGACCUCUUCUUCGCCAACGAGAAGGGCGCUAAUUUCCACGAUGUCACGACGGACAACAAGCUUUUGAGGAUUUUCAAGGAUGGGAAUGUCCUCUACAGUAUCAGGUUGACCCUUAUCCUCUCCUGCCCGAUGGAUCUGAAAAACUUCCCAAUGGAUGUCCAAACGUGUACAAUGCAACUUGAGAGUUUCGGCUACACCAUGAACGACCUGAUCUUUGAGUGGCUGGAGAAAGGUGCCGUGCAAGUGUCAGAUGGUCUGACACUGCCUCAGUUCAUCAUGAAGGAAGAGAAGGAGCUGGGCUACUGUACCAAACACUACAAUACCGGCAAAUUCACCUGCAUUGAGGUGAAAUUCCAUCUGGAGCGUCAGAUGGGGUACUACCUGAUUCAGAUGUACAUCCCCUCCCUCCUCAUUGUCAUCCUCUCAUGGGUGUCCUUUUGGAUCAACAUGGAUGCCGCCCCUGCCCGAGUGGCACUGGGUAUCACCACUGUGCUCACCAUGACCACGCAAAGCUCUGGCUCUAGAGCUUCUCUUCCAAAGGUCUCCUAUGUGAAAGCCAUUGAUAUCUGGAUGGCGGUGUGUCUGCUCUUUGUAUUUGCGGCAUUACUCGAAUACGCUGGGGUUAAUUUCGUCUCCAGGCAACAGAAGGAGUUUCUCCGCUUGAGGCGAAGACAAAGGAAGAAUCACAAGGAUGAAGACAUGCGUGACGGCCGCUUUAAUUUUACUGGCUAUAACAUGAACCAGUGUCUGCCAACGAAGGACAGCUCAGCUGUUAAGAACGCCGCUCUAGCCCAGAACCCUCAGCCGCCGGUCCCCAAAGACUCGGAAAACAUGAAGAAGAAAUUUGUGGACCGCGCCAAGAGGAUAGACACGAUUUCUCGCGCUGCCUUUCCUCUGGCCUUUCUCAUCUUUAAUGUCUUUUACUGGAUCACCUACAAGAUCAUCAGGCACGAGGACAUCGAGAAAAAGUAACGACUUGUUUCUCGAACUGAGAAAAGAUAGGCAAUGCCAAGGGAUGUUUUUAUCAGGGAUAAUGUUGAGUCUUCGUGAAUCUUGAAGAAAUGUUGUAUGCUGACAAAUACUGAUUUAGGAAUCUGAAGGGGAGAACUCAAGGUUUAGUAGCAUUCCGGUUACGGUGGACCAAAUCUUUUUCUAUCCCAUCUUUGCCUUGAGGUGUUUACAACUAUGGAAACAAAGUAUAAAGUUUGUUAUAUCGUACCGUAGCUUAGUUUGAACCUCAGUUUUCUCCAGAUUGUCACAAUCUUCUAUCAAAGGGAUAUUUUAUAUUGUAAUAUCACGACACUUCCUUUGAAGAUAAUAUAAUUUCACAUGUACAGUCAUGUGAAAAAAAUAGGACAAACAAAUAAAUAUUCAGUACUUUAUUAGGAAAUGUUCACAUAUCAAUGUCUGAUCUUGUUUUUCUUUAUCUCUGGAAAAGUUAUUUAAUCGCAGGUAAACAACUAAAAAUAACAUUGUUUUACCCAUUAAACCAGAUUUAUCAACAAAAAUGCAUAUUCUAACUGAGGAAAAAGUUACGACUAUGUCUACAUCAACUCUGGCUAACUUCAGUCUGGCUUUCAUGUUCGUCUUGGAGAUCAAAGGUUUCCUCCAUGCACACCUCCCAUGAAGGUUAAACUUGUGAAGUUUGUUUUUGAUUGUAGAGGCAUGCAGUUUCACAUCAACAGUUACAAAAGCCUGCUGUAGGUCUCGUGAUGACAAUUUAGGGGAGACUUCUUUUUGCAUCUUGCGGUCUUCUCUUGGGGUGAACUUGCUUGGAUGGCCAGACCUGGGCAUAUUGGCAGUUGUUUUGAAUGACCUCCACUUGCAGACUAUUUUUCGGACAGUGAACUGGCAAAUUUUAUAUUCUUUUGAAAUCCCUUACCAGACUCAUAAGCGUCUACAAUCUUCUUUCUGAAGGCCUCAGACAGCUCCUUUGAUCUCACCAUGGCGUUUUCACUCACUUCAUCAGUCAGUCACUGUUGAAAGUAUUCUGUGUUGAGGAGUGGGGCAAACUUUCUUCAGACUAAUGUCAAAGACUGGUAGAUGGCUACAAAAAGCGUCUCACUGAAGUUAUUUCAGCUAAAGGGGGUAACACUAGCUAUUAUGUGGUGGGGUGUCCUAACUUGUAUAAGCAUUUUUGUUGAUAAAUUUGGUUUAAUGAGUAAAACAAUGUUAUUUUUGUUUACCUACAAUUAAAUCAUUUUCUUUUCCAGAGAUAACGACAAACAAGUUUAGACAUUGCUAUGUGAACAUUUAUUAUUAAAGAACUGAAUAUUUAAUGGGGUGUCCUAUUUUUUUCACGGCUGUAAAAUACUGGAGCCAAGCAAAUCCAACCAUCUUUUACUGAAACGCAUAUCAAAUAUUUCAAGGAACUUCUGAUUAAAAGGGUCUCGCCAGGUAAAAAGUGUUUCUUGGCUACAUAAAUUGUGCUGGCAUCGAGGCGACCGACACAAUUAAAGCGAAACACAACAAAUUACACCGAGAAGAAAGGAUGGAGGGCAUCCAGCAUUUCUUUCCCUAUUGAUCAGUCAACAGACUGCCAAGUCGGAUCCGGCUCCACCCUCUCUGUGCCGCACUGCUGAACCUAUCUUACAGCCUUCCUAAAUUUGAACUCUUUGGUGAUCGUUAGAUUUUUGUAUUUUCCCUGAGCCAAGCUAAGAACACAUGAAUUUCGAACAUCCAAAUUGAAUUCCAUGUGUUUAGAAAGACAUUAAAAAUUCUGUUCACAGGCUGCUCCUAUAUGCUUGCCUUUUUUGAUUCAUGUGUAAAUGUCAACAUUGUGGCAAUGAUGUACAGCGUAUUUUUGUAAGUUUGGGUCUCAGAGAGGAACCAAGUUUCUACUUUGAAUCUUGAACUGGAAAAGUUUAGGAAACCCUGAACAAACUAUUUUGCAGUUUCAAUGACACUGAACUUUCUGACUGUAUCAUAAUCCAAUACAACAUAUCUUGUUUUUGCAGUAUCAGUACAUUGAACUCUUAACUGCAGAAAGGCUUGUGUUAAUUGAAAAACCUUUCAGGUAUUUCUCUAUCCUGCAAUGGCUGUGUACCUUUUGACAUGUUAGAUGGAGGCAUACAGUUCAGUACUCAAGAUAGCUGCGCCAGUGGGUGGAAGGACAACACUGAAACUGCCUAACGUUCAUCUAUAGAACUGCUAAUGGACCUUAAGAACUAUUUCUUUGAAUACUAUUAUUGAAAACGUUUAUUUAUCAGCCUGAACAUCAAUAAACAUGACUGCACUACAUUUGC